AUGUUCGGUCCAGGCUCCCUCGAACCCUCCCUCCUCUUCUCCCUCGCCGCCCGCAACAACAUCCCCCUCCCCCGCGACGACGCCGCAUUCGCGAGCCCCGCGGCCCUCCUGGCGCGCUACCGUAACUUCACCUCCCUCGACGACUUCCUGCACUACUACUUCAUCGGCAUGUCCGUGCUGCGCACUGCGGACGACUUUGAAGCGUUAGCAAACGCAUACUUUACGCGCGCCCACUCCGAGGGGCUCGUCCACGCGGAACUCUUCUUCGACCCGCAAGCCCACACGUCGCGGGGCGUCCACUACGACACCGUGGUGGCCGGGUUCAGCAGGGCCCUGGACCGGGCGCGGUCGGAGCUGGGCAUCUCGUGCGCGCUGAUCGUGUGCGUGCUCCGCCAUUUACCCGUCGAGGACGGGCUGCGGAUGUACAGAGCGGCGAUCCCCGACUUGGAACUCGGGAGUGUCGUGGUGGGCCUGGGCCUCAGCAGCACCGAGCUGGGCAACCCGCCGUCCAAGUAUCGCGAGAUUUUCAACGAUGCCGAGGCGCGCGGGUUCAACCGCACGGCCCACGCGGGCGAGGAGGCCGACGUCACCUACAUGGCUAGCGCGCUGCACGACCUGCACGUCACACGGGUCGACCACGGGAUCAAACUUGCUGAGGACGCAGGCGUGAUGGCCGAGUUUGUCGCGAGGGGGAUCAUGGUCACCAUGUGUCCGUUGUCGAAUGUCGAGUUGCGGUGCGUAAGCCGAGUAGCGGACUUGCCUGUCCGGACGUACCUUGAGGAGGGUGUCAAGUUUAGUAUCAACAGUGACGAUCCCGCUUAUUUUGGCGGGUAUGUUCUCGACAAUUACUGUGCUGUGCAGGAGGCGUUUGGGUUGCGCAAAGUCGAGUGGGAGCGGAUUGUGCGUGACGGGAUCGAGGACAGUUGGUGUUCGACGGAGAGGAAGGCGAAGAUUACGCGGCUGUUGGAGGAUGUUAUGGUCAGGUAUCGGGAUUGA